GCCGCUGCUCCGUCCCGUCCUGUCUUGUCCUGUCCUGCUCCUGGAGGAGAGAAAGACCGAGAAAACUGGACUACAUCUACAGAUACAUAUCCGUAUGAGGGACUUGUUACUGUCUCCUUGCACGUAAAUUUUACUGUCUGAAGGAUACGAGUCUUGUGUAACCGUGCUGACUGGAGGUGAGCCAUGGAGGAUGGGAAGCCAGUAUGGGCGCCCCACCCCACCGACGGGUUCCAGCUGGGCACGAUCGUUGACAUAGGAGCCGACACGCUCACCAUAGAACCACUGAACCAGAAGGGCAAGACCUUUCUUGCUCCAAUGAGCCAAGUCUUCCCAGCAGAGGAUGAUGUCAACAAGCACGUAGAUGACAACUGUUCCCUUAUGUACUUGAAUGAAGCCACACUUCUCAACAAUGUUAGAGUGCGGUACAGUAAAGAUCACAUUUAUACUUAUGUGGCCAAUAUCUUGAUAGCUGUGAAUCCUUAUUAUGACAUCCCCAAACUGUACGGCCCUGAGGCCAUCAAGUCGUACCAGGGGAAGUCACUGGGCACUCUGCCACCGCAUGUUUAUGCUAUAGCCGACAAAGCCUACAGGGACAUGAAGGUUCUAAAGAUGAGCCAGUCCAUCAUAGUUUCUGGUGAAUCUGGUGCUGGAAAGACUGAAAACACCAAGUUUGUUCUCAGAUAUCUGACCACAACAUACGGAAGUGGUCAAGAUAUUGACGAGAGAAUUGUAGAAGCAAAUCCCCUUCUGGAGGCUUUUGGAAAUGCAAAAACAGUCCGGAAUAACAACAGUAGUCGCUUCGGGAAGUUUGUGGAAAUCCACUUCAAUAACAAGAAUGCAGUUGUGGGUGGAUUUGUCUCCCAUUACUUGUUAGAGAAGUCCAGGAUCUGCAUGCAAAGUAAUGACGAGAGGAACUACCACAUCUUCUACAGGCUGUGUGCUGGGGCAUCUGAGGACAUCAAGAAGAAGCUACACCUGGACUCUCCAGACAGCUUCAGGUACCUGAACCGAGGAUGCACCAGAUACUUUGCCAGUAAGGACUCUGAUAAACAAAUCAUGCAGAAUCGCAAGAGUCCCGAGGACAAUAAGCACCUAAAGAUCGGUGCUCUGAAGGACCCUCUUCUUGACGACCAGGGCGACUUCAACAGGAUGUGUGUGGCCAUGAAGAAAAUUGGUCUGGAUGACACAGAGAAGCUAGACCUUUUCAGGGUGGUUGCUGGUGUUUUGCACCUGGGCAACAUUGACUUUGAAGAAACAGGGAGCUCCUCAGGUGGUUGUGUCUUAAAAAAUCAGUCAGGCCAGACUCUGGAGUACUGCGCUGAUCUGCUCGGUCUGGACCGGGACGAUCUCCGUGUCAGCCUCACAACAAGAGUCAUGCUCACAACAGCAGGGGGCGCCAAAGGAACAGUUAUCAAGGUGCCUCUAAAGGUGGAACAAGCAAACAAUGCCCGCGAUGCCCUGGCCAAGGCAGUGUACAGCCGUCUCUUUGAUCAUGUGGUGAAACGAGUAAACCAGUGUUUCCCUUUCGAGUCUUCCUCCAACUUCAUCGGGGUGCUGGACAUCGCUGGGUUUGAGUAUUUUGAGCAUAACAGCUUUGAGCAGUUCUGCAUCAAUUACUGCAACGAGAAACUGCAGCAGUUCUUCAACGAGCGUAUUCUCAAAGAGGAGCAAGAACUGUAUCAAAGGGAAGGGCUGGGAGUGAAUGAGGUGCAUUAUGUUGACAAUCAGGACUGCAUAGACCUAGUGGAAGCAAAGCUGGUGGGAAUCCUGGAUAUUCUGGAUGAAGAGAACCGGCUUCCUCAGCCCAGCGACCAACACUUCACACUGGCUGUUCACAGCAAACAUAAAGACCACUUCAGGCUGACGGUUCCCAGGAAGUCGAAGCUGACCAUUCACAGGAAUCUCCGGGAUGAUGAGGGCUUCAUCAUCCGGCACUUUGCUGGAGCAGUCUGCUAUGAAACGACUCGGUUCGUGGAGAAGAAUAACGAUGCCCUCCAUAUGUCCCUGGAGAGCUUAGUGUGUGAAUCAAAAGACAAAUUUGUUCGAGAGCUGUUUGAGAACUCCAACACCACCAAGGACUUCAAACAGAAGGCAGGCAAACUCAGCUUCAUCAGCGUUGGCAACAAGUUCAAGACCCAACUGAACCUGCUGCUGGAGAAGCUUCGCAGCACUGGCUCAAGUUUCAUCCGCUGUGUGAAACCCAACCUGAAGAUGGUCAGCCACCAGUUUGAAGGAGCUCUGAUUCUCUCACAGCUGCAGUGCUCAGGCAUGGUGUCAGUGUUGGACCUGAUGCAGGGUGGGUUCCCCUCCAGAGCCCCCUUCCAUGAACUCUACAACAUGUAUAAGCAGUACAUGCCAGAUAAACUUACACGACUGAAUCCACGACUUUUCUGCAAGGCUUUGUUCAAAGCUCUGGGACUGAAUGACAACGACUUUAAGUUUGGACUGACCAGAGUCUUCUUCCGUCCUGGAAAGUUUGCAGAGUUUGACCAGAUCAUGAAGUCUGAUCCAGACCACCUUGCAGAGCUGCUCAAGAAAGUGAACAAGUGGUUGGUGUGUAGCCUCUGGAAGAAAGUCCAGUGGUGCUGCCUGUCUGUCAUCAAACUUAAAAACAAGAUGAGUUACAGAGCUUUGGCCUGCAUUAAGAUUCAGAAGACUGUCCGGAUGUGGUUGUGCAAGAAGAAGCAUAAGCCACGCAUCGAUGGAAUGGUAAAGGUUCGAAACCUGAAGAAACACAUGGAACGGUUCAAUGAGGUGGUAAACGUGCUGAAGGAGGGCAAGCAGGAGAUGGCCAAACAGGUCCAAGAGUUGGCCGCCUCCAUAGAUGCUCUUUUAGCUAAGAUAAAGACCACAGUGAUGACUCGGAAGGAGAUUGACACAGAGUACCAGGGGCUGGUGAAACGCUCAGAGCAGCUGCUCUCCUCCAUGCAAAAGAAGAAGCAAGAGGAGGAGGAGAGUGAGAGGCUGAAGCACAUCGAGGAGGAGAUGGAGAAAGAGAGGAAGAGGAGGGAGAAGGAAGAGCAGCGACGCAAACAGGAGGAAGAGGAGAGAAGACUGAAAGCUGAGAUGGAGCUGAAGAGGAAGCAGGAGGAAGAGGACAGAAAAAAGAGAGAGGAGGAAGAGAAAGUUAUACAGGCGGAGCUGGAAAUCCAGCUGGCUCUGGAGCGUGAGGAGCAGGUCCAACACGCUGCUAUACUGGAGCAGGAGAGAAGAGACAGGGAGUUAGCCAUGAGAAUCGCCCAGAGUGAGGCGGAGCUGAUCACUGAGGAGGGGCAGAUGGACGCAGGCCUGCGCAGUGAUGAGUCUUUUUCAGAUCUUCCUAUCUCCUCAUCCUCAGCCAGGGCCAUGGGUCCUCAGGUGCAGGCGACCAAAGCUGCUGCCGGUGUGAAAAAGUAUGACCUCAGCAAGUGGAAAUACGCUGAGCUGCGAGAUGUCAUCAACACUUCCUGUGACAUUGAGCUGCUGGCAGCCUGCAGGGAGGAGUUCCACCGUCGUCUGAAGGUGUAUCACGCAUGGAAGUCCAAGAACAAGAAACGUAACGAUGACGGCAGUGAUCAGAGAGCUCCUAAAUCUGUCACAGACUACGCUGAACAGAACCCAGCUCCUCCGAUGACAACCCAGCAUCAGGAAGUGGCCAUGAACCGCCAGCAGCGAUAUUUCCGCAUACCAUUCAUCCGGCCCGCCGACCAGUACAAGGACCCCCAGAAUAAAAAGAAAGGCUGGUGGUACGCCCACUUCGAUGGGCCCUGGAUAGCCAGACAGAUGGAGCUUCACCCAGACAAACGGCCCAUUGUGUUGGUCGCAGGCAAAGACGACAUGGAGAUGUGUGAGCUGAGUCUGGAGGAAACGGGCCUGACCAGGAAGAGGGGGGCGGAGAUCCUGCCCAGGCAGUUUGAAGAAAUCUGGGAACGCUGUGAUGGGAUUCAGUACCUCAAGAAAGCCAUUGAGAACAAACAGGCCCGCCCUACGUACGCUACCGCCAUGCUCCAGAGUCUCCUCAAGUGAACCACAGCACACAAGAUAAGCACACAAAUACCAAUUUAGUCCUGAAACAUGACACUGACACACACACACACACACACACACUCACAAACACAGACAUGCACAUUAAAAGGGCACAGUGUAUCUGCGGUUUGUGGGAUGAAAAGAAGUUAGCACAGAGAAAGACGAUGAAUCAUCUCCUUUUUAACUAUUUGUAUGUUGUUUAUUUUCUCUUUUUGUAUCUUUGUUUUUGCAGUGAAGCACCUUAUUGGUGUAGGGUUAGCGUUUGUGUUCAGUCUUCUUCUCAACCUAUGCUUGAAUACACACUGUGAGGCCUUAAAUAUCACUGCACAACACCAAGGAAGUCUUAACUGGUGCGUAACCUAUUCUACUGUAAUUAUAAACCUGAAACCUUAAUGGUCUGCAACAGGGACAAAAAAAUUUACUUUCAGAGAAAAGCUGAAUUUUAGUAGUGCGAAACAGUCUUGUCUUUCGAGUCACACGUUAUAGUCGUCUGAAAAUUAAGACCAUAAUUACCAUUAAAUGUCUAUACAUGCAUCUGAUUUGAUUAGAAAGAAUUGAAUUUUUCACACGAUGAUUUUCUCUCUCAGGUUUGCAUAAAAUACUUAAACGUGACAAUCAUGGAUAGAAGGUCAUACAACUAAGAGACAGAGAAUAAGUUAUAUUUUGAAAAAUUAUAAAAAACCUUAUACUGUAUUUUAUGAUAAGUGACAUAUUAAAGAUUCUAAUAUUAUAUUUCAUCCUCUAGCUACUACAAAUCUGACAGUAGCAGAUGAAACAAUAAUCUUGUGGUGGCUAAUUCUUAAAUCCUUUUCUUCUUGUAGUUGCAGAAUGUAUUUUUCUUCCAGAAUAACUUUUUAAGAAAGAUUUAUUAACUUGAAGAAGUGCUUGUUACCUCCUUUAUCCAUCCAUUAUGUCCUCACCACGUACACACACCUCUGCUGACUGAAAUCCUUGAAAAAGGACACUUUUUUUUAUUGUUGUUUAUCUAAUAUGCAAGAAGGGAAGUGUGCACGUUUCUUUGCAGUUUUGUGGGUUUGGGGUUGUUUUACAGAUCAUAAUGUAAUUUGUGUGUGUGAUGUGUGUUUGUUCGUGUAAUAUUUUAUUAAGCUGAUUACUUGACUCCUCUGUUGGUCAGGUCGUGAACACUUAAGUCAUCUCAUUGGUCAAUCAAACACUACCUUUGUUUAGACUCACACAUAUUUACUGAAAAGAUACAGUCGACUGUCUUGUAACUAAUUAUUCAUAUGUUCCCUUUUUGAUUGUCUGUUGUACUUUGGCCUUUGCACUGGACUACAGUAGAAAAUAAAUGUAUGCUCCCAUGUUCUUCAGUCUGUUCUCUGCUAAGUCACUGUAGACAAUUCACAAAGUUAGUAACACAGCUGCUGGUGGUCAGCGCUCUGUAAAUGGAUCUGACAUCCUAAUGCUAAUAGCAGCUAACAAGAUUAGUGUGUAGAUUAAUUAAACAACAAAGCCUAAUGUACUGCUGUUGUCGUCACCAAGCUGAGGCUCGCUCCAGUUAAGUGAUCAACUGGAUUAAAACAGACUAAAGGUUUUCAUUGGUGAAUUUUUUUAAACUUUAUUUUAGGAUCUUGCUGUAAAUUAAUACCAACA